CGGCGGCCGGAGUCUUCCUUUAACAAGAUGGCGGCGGGAAGCAGCGGGGGUGGCGGCCGGCGCUGCUCGAAGAGCGAGGCCGAUUCCGGCUUCCUGGGGCUGCGGCCCACUUCGGUGGACCCUGGGCUGAGGCGGCGGCGGCGAGGCCCCAGAAAUAAGAAGCGGGGCUGGCGGCGGCUCGCUCAGGAGCCGCUGGGGCUAGAAGUCGAUCAGUUCCUGGAGGACGUGCGGCUGCAGGAGCGCACGAGCGGAGGCUUGGUAUCGGAGGCCCCGGAUGAAAAACUCUUCUUCGUGGACACCGGUCCCAAGGGAAAAGAGCUGAGCAAGAAGAGGACCAGAGGCCAGAAGAGAUCACUCCUUCUCAAGAAGCCCCUUCGGGUGGACCUCAUCCUAGAGAACACAUCCAAGAUCCCUGCCCCCAAAGACAUCCUCGCACACCAGGUGCCCAACGCCAAGAAGCUCAGAAGGAAGGAGCAGCUAUGGGAGAAGCUGGCAAAGCAGGGCGAGCUGCCCCGGGACGUGCGCAGAGCCCAGGCCCGGCUCCUCGGCCCGCCAGCAGCCAGAGUGAAGCCUGGGCCACAGGACACCGUUGAGAGGCCCUUCUACGACCUCUGGGCCAAAGACAACCCUCUGGACCAGCCCCUGGUGGGCCAGGAUGCCUUUUUCCUGGAGCAAACCAAGAAGAAGGGCGUGAAGCGGCCGCCGCGGCUCCACGUGAAGCCCUCCCAGGUGCCUGCCGUGGAGGUGACGCCUGCCGGAGCCUCCUACAACCCGUCCUUUGAGGACCACCAGACCCUGCUGCGGGCGGCCCACGAGGUAGAGCUGCAGCGGCAGAAGGAGGCCGAGAAGCUGGAGCGGCAGCUGGCCCUGCCCACCAGGGAGCAGGCUGCCACCCAGGAGUCUGCGUUCCAGGAGCUGUGCCAGGGGCUGCUGGAGGAGUCGGAUGGGGAGGAGGAGCCGGGUGAGGGCCGGGAGGAGGGGCCGGAGGCCGGAGGAGCCGAGGCCUCGCCGGCUCCCGUCUGCGUCCGCCUGGCGGCUGUGGAGAAGAAGAGCGAGCAGCAGCGGCGGCGGGAGAAGGCCGCCCGGACGCUGCGGGUGCAGCAGGCUGCGCUGCGGGCCGCCCGGCUCCGGCACCAGGAGCUCUUCAGGCUGCGCGGGAUCAAGGCCCAGGUGGCGCGGCGGCUGGCGGAGCUGGCGUGGCGGCGGGCGCGGCGGCAGGCACGGCGACUGGCUGAGGCGGACCGCCCCCGCAGGCUGGGGCGGCUCAAGUACCAGGCCCCCGACGUCGACGUGCAGCUCAGCUCGGAGCUGUCUGGCUCACUCAGGACACUGAAGCCCGAGGGAAACAUCCUCCGCGACCGUUUCAAGAGCUUCCAGAGGAGGAAUAUGAUCGAGCCUCGGGAGAGAGCCAAGUUCAAGCGCAAGUACAAAGUGAAGCUCGUGGAGAAGCGGGCGUUCCGCGAGAUCCAGUGA